AUGCACCACCGUCGCAUCAUCACCUUCUCUGCCAGCGACGCCCCGAUGCUGCCAUCAAGCUCGCCGACACCGGAAUUUGAAGACAGGCAUGAUGCUGGCGAUGCCGAAGAGGGCAUGAGUCCGCUCAGCAUGCUCUUCGACGGCAUUAUCGCGGACUGGCAUUCACAGCACGCGCUCAUGCCCACGCGCGAACAGGCGGCUUAUCCGUACAGUCCAUCAUCGGCUCGCUCGGAAACGUCAACGUGCAUCACCACCCCGGACCGCUCGCCACAACACGCCAUCCCCGGCCUACCACCGCAGCCUUGGAAGGAGGCCGUACUUGUGCAUACCGCACGUGAGGACGCCAUGACCAUGCCUGGCGGUGGACCGCUGCUCGACGCCAGUUCAGGCGACGGACUCGGCUUCUGGGCUUCCACUCCGCCUCCCGACGCUACAGCAGAGCAGGAGACUAACAGCCAGAGCGUGCAGGCGCCUCGACGUCCAGAGCGACCCGUUCGACCCGCUCGACCCGCUCGACCCGAGCACUGCCGUGAGACCCUCGAAGAUCUUGACGAAGGCAGCCACGCGCCGUCCGCCGGCGUGGUCUCGCUGCGUAGCAUGCGCAAACCUCCCGCCCAGUACUACCACCCCGCACCACCGGUAGCACCAAGCGAGACAAGCAGCAAGUUCAAGCUCGCUCCAGCUCCGCAGCGGGCACGCGCUGCAACAGCCAGCGCACGCACGGUGGAGCGCAGCAGCAUGGACUCGACAGCCACGUUUGUGAGCGCGCGCUCCGAGAUGUCGUUAUCGACCCCGCGCGCGCGCCGCCUACCGCAGUAUCCGCCUUCCGCCAGCCGCUCCUCGGGUCUGCCUCAGCAGCAACCUAUCCCUCAGCCCGAAAGCUCACCUGAGAUCACACGCAGACCAUCGCUGCUAAAGAGACUCGCGGACGGACUGAGACGCUCGCCCUCGCAGUGCUCUGAUGCCACGGCUUCAGGUCCUACGGACUAUGCAAAGAUCCCGCGCACCCCCAUGGAGAUGAUCACACCCUACCCCUCCGACCCGUCUCCCGCCCCUACGCUGUCACGCAAGCUUUCCUUCAGCAAACGGUCACCGACACAUACACGAAUCGCGCAGCACGGGGCGACAGAGGAUGCAGUCGUGGGGCAAGUGCCGCCGCGAGCGCUGGCACGCAAGCUGUCGUUCAGCUAG